AUGGAAAGGGCAAUGGUUGUUACCAACCCUAAAAAGAGGAAAAUUGUGAGUAGUGACGACGAUGACAAUGAUAUUGGAAUACAAAGAAGAGAGUUCAGGUUCAAGGUUUUGUUGCCGAAUGGAACCAGCGUGGAAUUGAAAGUGUGGAGUGCAGAAAAUGAAAUGCAUGUUGGGGAUUUUGUUGGAUUAGUUAGAGAAAAGUAUUUGGAAAGUCUGAAAAAAUGUGAAUGGAUGAAGAAGAAAAGGGAUAUAAAUUGGAAGGGAAGUGGUUUGUAUCUUGAGGAUGCUGCUGAUAAUAAGAUCAGAAAUGUUAUCGAAUUAAAAAAUUUCAUGCCUCGGAAGUGCCAUAUUUUGCGCCUUAAUGAUGGGAGUAGCGAAGUUGCUCAGACCUUUGAGAAUAUGUGGGACUUAACACCGGAUACAGAUUUGCUGCUGGAGCUUCCUGAAGAGUAUAAUUUUGAAGCUGCUAUUGCUGACUUGAUUGAUAAUGCUUUGCAAGCUGUGUGGUUCAACGGGAAAAAUAAUCGGAAGCUUGUCAGAGUAAAUGUUACUGACGAUAAGAUUUCAAUAUUUGACAAUGGUUCUGGAAUGGAUGACACCGAUGAGAAUUCACUAGUAAAAUGGGGAAAGAUGGGUGCUUCAGUUCACAGAUUAUCAAAAUCAGUGGCUAUUGGGGGAAAACCCCCAUACUUAAGGCCUUACUUUGGGAUGUUUGGAUAUGGAGGACCUGUAGCAUCUAUGCACUUGGGGAGGCGUACUUGUGUUUCGUCCAAAACAAAACACGUAAAGAAAGUCUACAUGUUACUUCUUCAGAGAGAAGCUUUGUUAAAUAGAUCUAACUCUGAAGUUACAUGGAAGACCAAUGGUGGCAUAAGAGAGCCCGUAAAGGAUGAAAUUAGUAAUUCUGAUGGCAGUUUUACAAAGGUUGAUAUUUACAAUCCAAAAGUAAAAGGUGUUGAUAUUAACAAACUCCAGUGUCGCCUCAAGGACAUAUAUUUUCCCUACAUUCAGAAUGAUGACUUGUCUGCCGGAGGGAAGACUAUUACACCAAUUGAGUUUCAGGUCAAUGGCGUUGAUCUGACAGAGAUUCAGGGUGGGGAGGUCGCAACUACCAAUUUGCAUUCUUGUAAUGGUCCUGAAUUUGUUCUGCAGCUUCGUAUGUCAAUUAAAGAUGACCAUGAUGGCACAAGAGGAUUCCAUGAAGCAAAUGCACGCCUUAGAUUUGUAUAUUUCCCUUUCACAGAGGGAAAGGAGAGUAUUGAGAGGGUUUUGGAAAAAUUAACGGCCGAUGGUUAUAUUAUAAGAGAAAACUUCCAAGAUUUUAGCCGGGUCUCCAUUAGGCGGCUUGGUCGUCUCCUUCCAGAUGCUCGUUGGACCUUCCUUCCUUUUAUGGAUUUUAGGAACAAAAGAGUAAAUAGCAGUAGAGGAAGCAUAUUGAGGAGAUGUUCUCUGAGGGUUAAAUGCUUUGUUGAAACUGAUGCUGGUUUUAAGCCAACCCAGUCAAAGACGGAUUUAGCUCACCACAAUCACUUCACCGUUGCUUUGAAGAAUCUGGGAAGUAAAAUUUCAGACAAAGAGACUGCAGCUGUUUCUGUUGAAAUUAGCACGGGUACAAGAAUGUUAACUCCUGCGCAGCUCGAAAAGGAGUACCAGGAGUGGAUAAUAAACAUGCACAAUCAAUAUGAUGAAGAAGCUGAUGCCACCGCAGAGGAUAACCCGGUUAUAAUUGUCAGUCCACCAAACAAGAAAGCACUUGGCAUUUCUAAAGAGGUCGUAAGAGUUCACCAGAUUCUGAAAAGAAAGGAAAAAUCAUGGAGUAAUGGACAGAGAAUUAAAGUGUUAAAAGGAGCAUGUCCUGGGAUUUCCAACAACCUUUAUGCAACCAUAGAGUACUUUUUGCUUGAAGGAUUUGAAGGAGACCCGGGUGGAGAAGCUCGGAUUAUAUGCAGGCCAAUAGAUAUCCCGGAUGAGAAGGGGUGUUCUCUCUACGGCAAUGAGGAAGACCCCACAUUGAAUGUUGGUAGCUCAUUGUCUUUACCUAUAACUGUUAUCGACACAAAAAAGCUUGUAGCUGUUGGAAGUGCUGAAUGGGAGAAUCGACUUAAUAAGAUACAACAGCAAUCUCCUGUUUGUUUUGACACGCCGAUCCCAAACCGUUAUAAACGACAGCUAGUUGGGGUGGUGGACUCAAUCAGUAAAAGUUGUGACAAAAGGGUGACAGAGAAGCCUUCUCUUUGUGCCGAGAAGUAUGAACUUCUAACUGAUGACCAAAGUCCAAAGCUAGAUGUAAGGGCUGGUUCUAACUUUCCAACCUUAGAGAUUGCAUGUUAUGACAUCCAUGGUAAUCGAGCGCCGUUUCAAACAACUCCGGAUGUGGCUAUCCAAUUUCAGGCAGCUGAGAACUUGUACUUCGAAGUACAUGGAAUGAAGAUUGGACUCUCAACUGAUAAAAUGACUUUAAAAAUCAUGGAUGCAAUGGUUACAUGUAAUGAACUGGACAAGAUAAGGCCCAGCUAUACAGCUACUUUGAUUAUUACUUCAAAAAAAUUUCCGUUGUCACUAACCUUUCCGUGUCGAGUUUUUCCUAGUUAUCCCAAACAUGUUACACUGAAGCCUGCUGAGAUAAGAGACAACCAACUACUUCCAGGUUUCAUUUUCAAGGAAUUAAUGUUGGAGAUGUUUGAUACAUAUAGAAACCAUGUGCCUGAAGGCACGGAGGUUGAUAUUGUUGUGGCUGGGUUUGAAAUGCUAAAUCAUUGCAGUACUUCAUACAAGGUGGAUGAUAAAGGAAAAAUUAAUCUUAAUGGUUUGCUAAAGUUAAUUGCAGGUUACGGAGAAAUUGCAUCCAUCUCUGUUGUUUUUCAAAAUAAAAGUAUUUUCAAGCAAGAGUUUUCAAUUGCGAGAAGAAGCUUGAGAAUUGCAUCUGAGGUGCCUGAUUUUUGUGCUGUUGGUGGUCAACUAGAAAACAUUGAAUUUGAAAUCGUCAAUAUUGAUGGAGAAGUAGAUACGAAGAUUCAUCAUGAUGAUCAAGAUUGCCAGUUUCAUAUGCUUACAAUUAAGUCUGACUUUUUCAAUGCAGAGGAAUCUAUACGGUACACUUUCAAGCAUGGACGCUGUACCAUCCCAUCCAUAAGAGUUCCAGAAAUUGAGGGGACUUUUAGUUUUGAAGCUUCUCACUCACAAUAUACCAGGCUACGUCAGGAUUUAGAGGUUCAAGUUAUCAAAAUGUCCAAUGUGAAAGAUGCUACACAACUCUCAGAUAAGAAUAUUUUGCCCCUGCCAGAACUAACACCACUUAAUCAUGAUUACAGUUUAAUAUCUAUCCUCAAUGAAGCUGACAAGAGACUUGGAAAGAUUUUAAAAAUUGGUGAGAAAAUUCAAAUAGCAGAAGAACGUCUUGAAAAAUAUAAGAAGCGAAAGGAUGAGAUUGAGAAAGAUAUGUUGAUGCUGAAAAAUAAUGUUCAACAUUAUCAAUUAGACUAUGUGGACUCUGGGUUCACCAACACCAAAGAGGAAAUGACUACAACAAUUAAAAGCAUGGAAAAUUCAGCAGCUUCUGUCUUAUGCAGUUUGACUACGCACCAACAGAAGAACUUCUUGGAAGAUAUAAUUGGGGUUGUUGCUCUCCUUGGUUCCGUUCAGAGUCCUGAGCUUAGCAGAAUUUUAGCUGAAUAUCUGGGGGAAGAGAAAAUGUUGGGUGUGAUUUGUAAAUCCUUCAAUACUGCAAUUUCUCUUGAGAAAUACAAAAAAAAUGGAGAAAUUGAUUAUUUGCAUGCUUUGCAUGCUGAAGCAGCUGGUCUUGGAAAAACUAUAUGCAAGCGUUUUUUUAUUAUGUGCUUUGAAAAUAUAAGGCCAUACAAGUCAAUUGACAGGCAACACAAUGGGUCCUUGCAUGAUAAUGACUCUCAGAGGAAGCUAUUCUUGCCUGAUCCCAAGAUGCCAAAUGGGAGAACGCCAGCAGGCUUUAUGGGUUAUGCAGUUAAUAUGAUUGAUCUGGACACCCAUCACCUGCAGACAAGGACAACUUCAGGGUACGGGCUUCGCGAGACCGUGCUCUUUAGCCUUUUCAAGAAGCUCCAUGUUUAUAAAACUAGAGAGAAUAUGAUGGAUGCUCUUCCCUGUAUAGAAGAGGGUGCUGUAUCAUUGGAUGGUGGUAUUAUAAGAGAAAAUGGAACUCUUUCUCUUGGUUAUGGGAAUCCUUGUAUAUGCUUUCCUUGUACAAACAAGUUGGACAUUUCUCCAGAAGCUAUGGGAAUCUUGACUCAGAUUGAAGGAAAAAAACAAGAGCUGGUGGCGAUUGAAGAAGAUAUUGGAAAAUUAAAUACACAUCACCAGAAGUAUCUACAAAAAUAUAAGAAAAAAAAGAAGAGAUAUAAUAAUCUUAUGGAUAAUAUUAAGACCGAGGAGUUCUAA